AUGGUCAUGGACUCCAGGUCCUCAGAGGCGGAUCCUUUCGAUGUAAAGAUCGCGGUCCCCACAAACAUUCUCCGAGCAGAAAAGGCGAUGGGCGACGUGAUGAACGAACGUUUGCAAGAGCUUGAAGAGGAGAUCAUGAACUGCACCGAAUUACUUGACGAGAAGAUCAAACGCAUGGAGCAGAUUCAACGAGAUCUUGGUCUCAAGGGAUCCUUUGAUGACCUAGCAGCUGGGGAAAGACCUCGUUUGAGAAGUGGACGUCACAAAUCAAGCGACUCAGGGUUUAUGUCUUUGCCACUGGUGGAAGCUGUAACACAAAUUGGCUCAGGAAUCAGUGAGGCAAUAUUCGGUCACCUUGGCUCCGAUUCCCGUUCGCAUGUGAUCCAAGACGUGGUCAUUGGAGGACGAACUGAUUCCCGAGCUCGUCUUCUGGAAAACACAGAUCUCAAAUCCGACGCUGAGGGUUUGACUGAUCCGGACACUGGAGUUGAUCCUUCGAAAGGGAACCCGAAUCUCAUGUCGCUCGAUGACGAGUCCUAAACAGGAACCCUGCAUGAAAACUCCGGUUCGCAAACAGCAACAGCAGAAAUCAAUCGGUUGAAUCACAGACGAGAUCACCCACAUCAAAUCACCGUCGUGCUACAUACGCAAAACUACGAAAAUAAUCCCUUCGUGAUCAGCAUCUCAGAAAACAAAAGCGUGAGUCCGCUUCCCGCUCCCUAAAAAACGUCGCAUUCACGCUGCAAUCGAAACGCCUUUAAGCGUCGUCCUGUUCAUCCGAAUUUGUGCCAGAUUUUAGCGUCAACAGCAGCUCGUCAUGAAUACCUUUUGCGAGAUUUAUUAGUCUCGUCACCUGACGAAAGAAAGAGGCGAAGAAAUGCAUUUUAUCUGUUUACACAGUAUA